UUUUCCAUUUAAGCUGAUAUAUAAAAAAAUGCACUUUUAGGUUCAGAAUCUUAAAAAGAGCAUUGUUCGGCUACUCAUUCGCCUAGUAUCUGGCGCGCUGUUCCGAGGAUCGCAACUGUGCAUCCUAAGCAGAACAGAGAAAUACGAGACAUGUACUUUGUGAUGUGUAAAGGAAAACCGCCUGUGAGACAGAAGCAGGAGCGAGAAACACACUAAAGGAAGAAAAUGCAGCCCAUGAGCAGUGCUCUUUAGUUCCUACCAGGUGGACGGAUAAGGCCAAGAGCGUCAAUGAAGCUUUGUCAUAGUCACCGAAGUUUUACGCACAUCGGUCCAGGUGGAAUAAAAGGCGAUUUGGCCGAUAAAAUUUUAAAACUUCACUGGUGUGCUUAUUAGCUGAUCUGCGACAAAGUGCAGAGACUAGUCAGAAAGACGGUGACUCAUCUGUCAAUUGCGAGCGUAUAUUAAUUACCAUUUGAAGAGGGAAUGCGCCCUGUUUGCUCCUCCUGGUUGCUAUGGAUUUUAGUCUCAACGCUUUCAUGAAUAAAAAUCACAUCCUCUCGCUGUUGCCAGUGUGCGGAGAGCCGUCUGCAGAGCCGGCGGCAGCCUGUUGAUCGAAUCAUCAUCAAUAAAGAAGACUGGAUCGUUUCUGAAGUCCAUACAUACGUGUAUACAGAGAAACCCUGUCAUUCAAAGGCUGGGGAGAAAGGUAGCUAGGACUGUAGACACUUUGUGGAGUUUAGAGGAACAAUUCGCAACUUAAUUGGAGCCGCGUGAGUACAUAACCCCGAGAUCUUCAAAGUUACUAAAAGCGACUGCUCAUUAGGAAGGCUGUGGAAGUGAACUGCUGAAUAGCUUUGGAAGGCGGCGUGUUGUUUCCCCCCUAUUCAGUAUCAACAAAAGGGAGUAAUCAGUAGUACAAUAAACGUGAAAACUGUGCGUCUUCUUCUGCAAGAGAAACACCUGCGAGAAUCAAAGAGUAGAGUAUUGCAUCUGGGAACAAAGUCCAGUGAUAUGACAAUUUCAGACCAAGAUGACACUUCUGACAGGUGAAGGAUCUGAUUAUGAUUACAGAUCCCUAAGUUGCACCUCAGACAAUUCCAUUAAUCAAAUCCCCUUUCAUGAGAGUGAAACUGUCAAAGGGGCAUUUUACCAAAGGGCCCACCUCAUUCCAUCCAGCAAAGACCUUUAUGGUAGUGCACAUCCUGGAGAUCGGAAACAUCAUGCUAUCAUCAAUGUCGGAGGGAUUAGAUACCUGCUUCCUUGGACCACAUUAGAUGACUUCCCUCUCUCUCGACUGGGACAGCUAAAAUUCUGCACUAACUUUGAUGAGAUCAUGAGCCUCUGUGAUGACUAUGAUGUGACUUGUAACGAAUUCUUCUUUGAUCGCAACCCUGGAGCUUUUAGGACCAUUAUGACCUUUCUAAGAGUUGGAAAGCUGAGAAUGUUAAGGGAAAUGUGUGCACUGUCUUUCCAAGAGGAGCUGUUGUACUGGGGUAUUGAAGAAAGCAACAUUGAGAGGUGCUGCAAAAAGAAAUACCUACAGAAGAUUGAAGAGUUUGAUGAAAUUAACCAUAAGGAGGAAUUACUAGAGGGUGACAAGCCAUAUGAGACACCUGAAGAGACAAGAUUUGGAAUUUGCAUGGGAAAGCUUCGUGACAUGGUAGAAAGACCACAGUCAGGUCUUCCUGGAAAAAUAUUUGCCUGCCUGUCUGUGCUGUUUGUUACUAUCACUGCAGUGAAUCUUUCAAUAAGCACAAUGCCUGGUCUGAGGGAAGAGGAAGAAAGCGGGAAGUGCUCACAGAUGUGCUACAACGUUUUCAUAGUGGAGACCGUCUGUGUGGCGUGGUUCUCCCUUGAGUUCACGCUGCGAUUUAUCCAAGCACGUAGCAAAUUUACCUUUCUGAGGACACCCCUAAACCUAAUUGACAUUGUGGCCAUUUUACCUUAUUAUAUCACAUUGCUGGUAGAUAACAGCUCAACAGGCAAUAAGAAACUUGGAUCUGGCAAUAGCUAUUUGGACAAAGUUGGUCUUGUACUUCGAAUUCUCCGUGCCCUGCGAAUACUCUAUGUGAUGCGCCUUGCACGACAUUCUCUGGGUUUGCAGACACUUGGGCUUACGGCAAGACGGUGCACCCGAGAGUUUGGCCUCCUACUGCUCUUCCUCUGUGUUGCCAUAGCUCUAUUCUCACCUCUUCUGUACCUCAUCGAGAAUGAAAUGUCUGGAUCUCAAGACUUUACCAGCAUUCCUGCAUGCUACUGGUGGGCAGUGAUCACCAUGACAACAGUGGGCUAUGGGGAUAUGGUUCCUCGAAGUAUUCCUGGCCAAGUAGUUGCACUAAGUAGCAUCUUGAGUGGCAUCCUGCUGAUGGCAUUCCCUGUGACUUCCAUAUUCCAUACUUUCUCAAGAUCAUAUAUUGAGCUGAAGCAAAAACAACAAAGGGUCCUCCAUCAGUCAUCUAAGUUCCUUACUAAAAGUAGCUCCCAACUCAGCAAUGUUUCCCUGGAAAGUGACAUUUUGUUCUCAUCAGACUUAAGGGACAAAGAUUAAAUGGGAUGCUGUAUUUCAGGCUGUAUAAUGUGAUGUGAAGGAAUUACUGCCUUUAAUGAAUGUCAGUUUUCUGGCUCCUUGUUUAACUUGAAAUUCACAUCAGGAAAAAUUCUAUAGUAUUGUCUUAAUUGAAAAUGGACCCAUGGUGGGAGUUUUUACAGUGUUGUCUGUGUAAUCUUCCACACAAAAAUCCACUUUUUCUAAUGGCAUUGAAUUUCUGAUUAUUUGUUAAGAUUUUCACAUGUACUCAGUCUUAUGACCUCAGCUUCAAACAGGUUUGGAGGGUUCAGAAAUAAAGUCAAAUGCGUUUCACCAGGUUUCCCUGGAUAUGGUAUGUGUCUCUAAAUAUAGUGUGUGGCGAUCCCGUCAACAAAUAUAUGAGCAUAUGAUAAGAUAAUGCAAUGUUUAGCAUAUUCCUCUUAUUAUUAUUAUUAUAACAAUGUGCAAGAAUACAGUUAAAUGAAUGCAUUAGUGUGUCUAAGAUAGAAAUGUAGAAUUACAUAAAGGUAGAAUCAUUCAUUGUCUGACAAUUGUUAUUGUUGCAUUUAAGAUUGGAAUGAAUAUGACUGUCUUUAGAUCACAAAAUAAUAGAAUCUGGAAGUGUUGUCUGGUGGUGAUAAAAGAAAUCCUAAAAAUAUUUAAUGUUUUGUCAAGUCAUUUUUGAAAACAUUGCAUACAGGAAAUAGUCUAAUCUGCACCAAUCAAACAGAUUACACAAAAGCCGUAGAAACGAGAAAUUUGAAUCCUAGUAAUUACUGUUUUGAAUGCUGCUUUUAGGAUAGUAGCAGGG